UUCAUGCACCCACUGCGCGCCGCGUUUGGCCGCACCCGCGCGGCGCACCAUGCACGCCACCCUUCCAAACCCAGCGGCUACAUAUAAUGGCGCCGCUGUGCGCUGCCCAGGAAUCACUCGACCGCAAUCACAGCUCAACAACAACCACAGCACGCUACAGCUAGAGGUAAACAGAGCGGAGCAGAGUACGCAACCACGGGCGACAGUGCGCGAUGGCUCGCCGGCUGCUCGGUGCUUGCGGCGUGCUCCUCGCCGCCGUCCUGCUCGCGGCCGUGGCGCCCGCGCGUGCUGACGAGCGGAGCGGCAUACGGCAGCGGGGCGGCGAGUACCGCGGGAGGAAGGUUGGGGCGAGGACGGAGGUGCGGGACGUGGAGCGCGACGGGGAGGUGCAGGAGCUCGGCCGGUUCUCCGUCGCCGAGUACAACCGGCGGCGCGUCGGCGGCGAAAGGCUCGAGUUCGGAAGGGUGGUCGCGGCGCAGCGGCAGGUGGUGUCGGGGCUCAAGUACUACCUCCGCGUCGCCGCCGCGGCGGAGAACGCCGGCGGCGAGCGCGUGUUCGACGCCGUCGUCGUCGUCAAGCCCUGGCUCGAGUCGCGCACCCUGCUCAGGUUCGCGCCGGCCGCCCCGAAAUAAGUGUAGCGGCACCCUUUGAGUGCUAUGUCCGUCCGUGACUUUUGGCCGGUCUGCUUUCUCGCAGACUUUGGUGAGCGAAUAAAAGUUCUGUUUUUGUACAAGUUUAGUAGAGGAGAGUGGAGACCAAUAACUUUGCGCUGCAGCUGAUGUUCUGUCUGAAGGCUAUUUGUACAAAGAGAGAUGAGGGUAACAAUAAAAUGUUAGUAUUGA